UGAACUUCAAAAAAGAGUUCGAGUGUUGUUUAUAAACCUUCUUCUUCUCCUUCUUCUACUACUUUCCUAAACACCCGCUAAUUUCGAAACCUCCAAAACAAAAAAUGGCUUCGCGUCUUGGAGUCUCCCUACGCGCCGCCUUGACCGCACCUCACGCCCCUCACUUCGACGACGGAACACGCCGUCACUCCUCGUCAAUUUUCACGGCGCCGUUCCCGAACCGGAGGAAUCGAACCGGAUCGAGGACGCUUAGGGUUUCGAAUGACGGGCCCGAAUCGUACCUCGACAUGUGGAAAAACGCCGUCGAUCGCGAGAAGAAGGAGAAGGCCUUCGAGAAGAUAGCCGAGAAUGUAGCUUCCGACGGCGAGGACGGAGAUUUAAACAAGAAGAGCGACGAGUUCCAGAAGAUCCUGGAAGUCUCCGUCGAGGAGAGGGAUCGGAUUCAGCGGAUGCAGGUGGUGGAUCGCGCCGCCGCGGCUAUCUCCGCCGCGAAAGCGAUUCUCGCCUCUAACAAUUCAGGCGACGGCAAUGAUGGGUUUCAAGACGAGGAGAAGAGCGGCAAUGAUGCUAAGUCCAAAGGUACCUUUCUUCACUAUCACUUGAUUGUUAUAUGUGGUGAGAUUAAUGUUAUUGAGUUGUCAGGGAUGUGGAGCAGAACAGUGUAUGUUCCUCGGUCUGAAACUUCUGGUUCCGAGACACCAGGACCUGACUUUUGGUCUUGGACACCUCCUGAGAUGAGUUCCAAUGCGAGUAUGGACUUGCAACCUAAGCCUUCUGAGUUUCCGACCUUGUCAAAUCCUGUACUGGAGAAAGAACCUUCAUCGGAUUCUCUUUCCAUACCUUACGAGAGUAUGCUCUCCACCGAAAGACAUAGCUUUGUUGUCCCUCCUUUUGAGUCUUUGAUCGAGGUUAAAAAAGAGACCGAGACAGAGACAAAGUCCAUAUCGUCGGAACAUGACCUUGAUGCCGUAUCUUCAGCGAAUGCGGAAGAAGCGGCUCGUGUUCUUGAUGGUUUGGAUGAUUCUUCGUCGUCUGGAGUUAGCCAAGAGGGGUUGAAGUGGUGGAAGCAGACGGGUGUUGAGAAAAGGCCUGAUGGUGUGGUUUGCAGGUGGACUAUGAUACGUGGUGUGACUGCUGAUGGUGUUGUUGAGUGGCAGGACAAGUACUGGGAGGCUUCUGAUGACUUUGGGUUUAAGGAGCUUGGCUCUGAGAAAUCAGGACGUGAUGCUGCUGGAAACGUGUGGCGUGAGUUCUGGAGAGAGGCGAUGAUGCAGGAGAACGGUGUUGUGCAUAUGGAGAAAACUGCAGACAAAUGGGGAAAGAGUGGACAAGGAGAUGAAUGGCAAGAGAAGUGGUUUGAGCAUUACGAUGCUACCGGCAAAUCAGAAAAAUGGGCUCACAAAUGGUGCAGCCUUGACCGUAACACACCACUUGAUGUUGGCCACGCUCAUGUCUGGCAUGAGAGGUGGGGAGAGAAGUAUGACGGGCAAGGCGGAAGCACAAAGUACACAGACAAGUGGGCGGAGAGGUGGGUAGGGGAUGGUUGGGACAAGUGGGGAGACAAAUGGGACGAGAACUUUAACCCGAGCGCUCAAGGAGUGAAGCAAGGUGAGACUUGGUGGGAAGGGAAGCACGGUGACCGCUGGAACCGGAGCUGGGGUGAAGGACAUAACGGUUCGGGUUGGGUACACAAAUACGGGAAAAGCAGUAGUGGAGAACACUGGGACACACAUGAGCAACAAGAGACUUGGUAUGAGAGGUUCCCUCACUUUGGUUUCUUCCACUGUUUUGACAACUCUGUUCAGCUCCGAGCUGUUCGGAAGCCUUCUGAUUUAGAAAAUGAUGGAGAAAAGCAAUAAUUUAAAUAAAUAGCAUUUGGUACAUUGAGAACUACUUGCUCUCUGAUGAUUUAUUCGUUGCCUUGUGUUUAAUAGGUGUUUCUUAAGUUUAUGUGUGGUGAGGUAGUGUCAUAUAAUGUUGUCAAAAAAUGUAGUGUUAUAUACAUAAAUUAUUGAUUAACUCGUCUCUUUUCUUGGUUAAAA